CUCUAUCUACCAAGACAACGUCCUCUAGAAUCCUUCUCUUCCAGAACAAUGCGAAUGGCAACGCCAAACAUCAGCACAAAACCCGAGAUGUCAAACCUACACACGGUGGCUUCGCCGCGAAGCAUGGCCGAGAUCGUCGAGGAGGAGCUUGUUCCUGGUACUGUCUACCUUGUGGAUGUGGCUGGCCUCUUGGGUGUCACACAUCAAGGAAAAACUGGUGGAAAGGGCGAUGUAGUGCUCAUCCCGCAGCCUUCCUCCGAUCCAAACGAUCCGUUAUCGUGGUCCAAGAGAAAAAAGGAGUGGCAGUUCACCCUUCUUUGGAUAUGGGCCUUUUUGGAGGCUGCCUCGGUAAACUGGGUAGGGCCCGUUUGGGAAAUUUGGACGAUUCAGUUCAAUUGCACCUACUUCCAGCUCAAUAUCUCGUCGGCGCUCUGCUUUUUGUUCUUGGGCUUGGGCUGUGUGUUCCUCCAGCCUACCGCCAUGAAGUUGGGUCGUCGGUUUGUCUACCUCUGUGGAACCAUCUUGAUUAUUGUUGCCAACAUUAUUGGGUCUCAGGGAAAUACGGUUCAGGUGUUGUACGCGGUGAAUAUUAUUUCGGGGAUCGCGGCCGCACCAGUCGACUCCUUGGUGCAAAUCUCCACCACUGACGUUUUCUUUCAGCAUGAAAGAGCCACCAGACUCUCUCUCCUCACAUUCGCUCUUUAUUCCGGUUCAUAUUUGGGGCCAGUGGCGUGUGGAUAUAUCAUCCAGACCCAAAGCUGGAGAUGGUGCUAUUACUACCAAAUCAUUUUCUUUGGCAUAAUCUUGGCUAUCCAGACCUUUGCCAUGGAGGACACCACCUUUAACCGUCCAUUCGCCACACUUGAGAACGAAGAGCUAGUUUUGAAUCAGGUGGUGAGCAGCAUUCGCGAGCAUUCAGGCGAUGCAGAAGUUUCCGAGAUCAAGUUCGGAAACAUUCACGCUCAGGAAAGCCGGAAUAGCUCAAGCGCGUUGGUUCCGCCGAAACGAACCUACUGGCAGCGUAUGCGCCUUAUCGAGACGAAAUACACCGAUCCUCGCGCCUGGUUUGUCAUCUUCUACAGACCAAUCCUCACAGUUUGCUUCCCCGCUAUCGUCUGGGGCGGGUUUGUGUAUGGCGUACAAAUUAUGUGGCUCUCACUUCAGGCAACCACCCAAUCGCUUAUCUUCUCUGCCCCUCCUUUCAACUUCUCCACUUCCAAUGUGGGUAACACUAACUUUAGCUCCUUGGUUGGUGCGAUCUUGGGAAUGUUUUUUGGUGGUCCAUUCUGUGACUGGUCGACGGUGUAUUUGGCGCGGCGGAACAAGGGAAUCAUGGAGCCAGAAAUGCGGCUCUGGUGUAUGCUCGGGCCGGCAUUGAUCAACUCGGCUGGUUUGCUUCUCUAUGGGUUGGGGGCUGCCUACAAAGCACAUUGGUUUGUUUCCGCUGGCCUAGGGAUGGCCCUCAUUGGGUUUGGAAUUGGUUCCGGCGGGGCGAUCACAUUGACCUAUGCCAUUGACUGCUACCCCGAUAUGGCCAGCGAGAGCUUGGUGUUUAUGUUAUUUCUUCGCAACUUAGUGGGUUGUGGUUUCACCUUCGCGAUUCAGCCGUGGUUGGAUACCUGUGGCCUAAAGCUUACCACAUGGUUGAUGUUUAUGAUCUCAAUAACUUUCAAUCUCAGCUUCUUGGUUUUCACCAAAUGGGGUAAACAGUUCAGACGCAAUACCGCAGAGAAGUAUCGGAAGUUUUCCAAUCCAGAUUUUACAUGGUAACCAUAUCCCCGGCAUGAGAGAGAACGUUUCCAGAGGUGUAUUCUCCCAUUGGACUGAAGGCUAGAUUGCGAUGCUGCACUAAGGGAUUCUGAUGAGAAAAUUCCAGUUUUGUAUCCACGCUUGUUAGUUUUUUUUUUUUUUUU